GGUGGCGCUCAAUUCGAAUGCUCUUUCUUUUACAAGAUAUCCACGUGCGUUUCGACAUCUUCACGUUUUGUCGUGCUAAUUAUUCUGUAUUAUUCUGUAAAACACAGCUAUGUUAUCCGCAAAAGUAGGAGCGAAGAAAGCUGGAAAGGUGAAGAAGGGAGCCGCGGGAAAGAAGGCAGUGAAGAAAGUUCAAGUCGUGCAAGCGGUCGAAGAGGAGGAGGAGGAUGACGAGGAAGAUGAUGAUGAUAGCGAAGAGGAGGAGCAGGCUGUUGUCGCCGCCGACGUUGAUGACGAAGACGACGAUGAAGAGGAGGAAGAUGAAGGGAUGGAAGAGGAUGAUGAUGACGAUGAUGAUGAUGAGGAGGAGGAAGAGGAUGACGACGAAGACGAAGAUGAAGAUGAUGAAGCCACGGCAAAUGGUGUGCAAGAGGUGAAGAAGGUGGCCGGCAAACGCAAGCUAGCAGGAAAGCCAGCAGCUGUUGCUAAGGAGGCUGAGGAUGAGAGCGAUGAUGAUGAUGAUGAGGAGGAGGAGGAGGAGGAGGAGGAGGGCAGCAGCGGUCCGCAGAAGAAGAAAUUGAAGAAGGAUUCCGAAAGCGAGUCUGAGGACGACAGUCCUUCAAUCGAGGUCGUCGAGUUGUCUCUCCAGGGGGCGAAGUUGAAGACGCAGGCCGACGUCAUCCACUUCUUCCAUGGGACCGGCGUCCAUCUUGCAGACGCGACGACCGACGGCAGCAAAGUAACUGCGACGCUUAAAGUGCCAAAGAAACCCAAGGUUAAAGGGUCGAAGACGAUAUUCAUUCGGAAUCUACCGGAAGGCACGGAGAAGGCCGAGAUGGAGGAACUGUUUCCCUCUGCCAUCGCUGUGAGGCUCCCCAUCACGUUUAAAGGCUUCUGCCACGUGGAGUUUGAGACCGAGGCGGAGGCGAAGGGCAAAAUGAAGGAGUUCAACGGCUACAAGAUGGAGGAGAACGAGCUGUUCGUCGAUCUGGCGGCGCCCCGCGCCCCGCAGUCGCCCGGCGGAUAUGCCGCCAAGACCGGUUCCACACUCUUCGUCAAGAACCUUCCCGACGGCGUCACACAGGAAGACCUGGAGGGGAUCUUCCCCGGAGCGAGCGAAGUGCGCAUCCCCCGGGAGUUCAAGGGGUACUCCUACGUGGAGUUCGGCAGUGACGAGGCGGCGGCGAAGGCGCUGAAGGAGAAGCAAGGUCACGCGUUCCAGGGUAACGAGCUCUACCUGGACAUCGCGACGCCGCGCGGAGACCGGGGCGGCUUCGGAGGAGGGUUUGGCCGCGGCGGCGGAGGAGGAUUCGGACGAGGAGGAGGAGGCGGGUUUGGACGAGGGGGAGGAGGAGGAUUCCGUGGCCGCGGCGGAUUCGGAGGGCGCGGCGGGGACAGGGGAGGCGGCUUCCGAGGCGGCAGAGGCAGGGGAGGAGACCGUGGCAGAGGGCGUGGAAGAGGAAGGUUUUGAACCAAAGUGGAGUCCGGGGCACCAUCCUAGUUUGGAUCGAUUGCCAUGCAAGUUUGUCGAGCGUACCUGGAAGAUCUGUUUGAAUUUUAAAGUGAAAACGCAUCUGUGGCACGCUAUGACAUUUUAUAAAUGUGCAUUUUUAUUAUCGAAAUAGCAGUCAUCACUGACCUAUAUGACCAUUUAUAUGUGUGUAUUGAUUGGAUAUGGUGCCCUGAAUUACGUAGUUGUGUUUGUGUUGUGUUUGUGUAUAUUACGUAUGCCAUCCGUGGGUGGUUUUAUGCAGUCUUAAUUGUGUGUAAGGACACGCAGAUGUGUUCCUCAACUUUCUCUUCUAUUGUAUGAUAGAAAUUGUGAAUUGUAGAGCAUUUGUCAUUCUGCUCUUGUCUUAAUCAGAGUGUGCCUGCCUGCGAGAGACGAUGUUACAAUUGUGGAUUUCAACAAAUAAAAUCUUGUACAGGACA